AGGCUUUGCCGCUCUUGUGAGGCUACUCGAGGGCCCACCCUGUUUUUUCGAACAAUUCUAGAUGUGCGCAGCUCCACCCUGCCUGGCAGAUCGCGAUAGCUCUGGCUCGUUUUGGCGGUGCUGGAAAUGGCUCAUCUGUGAUGAGUAAACAGGCGCUCGCUGGUCUUGCAGUGGGGAUGAUUAUUCUUUACACCAAGCGGGUCGUAAAAGCCUCGAUGUCAGUCAGAGGUGAUGCAUGGGAGGAAAUGUUUCUGGAGGAUGAAGCUGUGGAUAGAGCUGACGAAAACAUUGAUGUACCAAGAGACGCCAACAACUUUAGAGAGAUAUUGAAGAGAACUAGACUACCCUCGAACCCAACCGUCAGCGAGGAGUACUGUUGAACCUAGUUAUAAAGACAAUUUAUU